GAUGAGAAAACUGCCUUGAAAUCUUCCCUCCUUUUUCUUUUGUAAAAGCAGUACUUCCUCAAAAGGGAAGGAUAUAAAGCUGUUGUCUGUUUAUGAGUUUCAGACCGAGUUCGAAACCUUCCAUGCUACAGCAGCGACUUUUCCCGACCUCACUUUAAGGCAAUAUGUUUAAAUAUGGGUUAGCGGUAUUCCUGCUGCUGGGCUCUGCACUAAGUCAGCUUCUGGAUUCCGUGUCUCUAGACGCAUCAUGGGAAAAUUGGAAACGAACUUACAGGAAGGAAUACAAUGGCCUGGGUGAAGAGGAAAUUCGUAGGGCUGUCUGGGAGAAGAACAUGAGGUUGAUUGAGAGCCAUAAUCAAGAGUAUGAGCUGGGCCUACACUCCUAUGAACUAGGCAUGAACCAUCUUGGAGACAUGACAACAGAGGAAGUAGCUGAGAAAUUGCUGGGUCUCCAGGUUCCUAUGGACAGUGAUCCUAUGAAUACCUAUACUGGUGACUCAGAGGGUAAACUGCCCAAAUCCAUUGAUUACCGCAAACUUGGAUAUGUUACCCCUGUCAGGAACCAGGGCUCCUGUGGCUCCUGUUGGGCCUUUAGCUCAGUUGGUGCUUUAGAGGGUCAGCUAAUGAAGACCACAGGCAAACUGAUAAACCUCAGCCCUCAGAACCUGGUGGACUGUGUGACUGAGAAUGAUGGCUGUGGUGGUGGAUACAUGACCAAUGCUUUUAGUUAUGUUAAAAACAACAGAGGUAUUGAUUCUGAGGAGGCUUACCCCUAUGUGGGAGAGGACCAACAGUGUGCGUAUAAUAAAUCCGGGAAGGCAGCAGAGUGCAGAGGAUUUAAGGAAGUGAAGAAAGGAAGCGAAUAUGCACUGGCAUCUGCUAUUGCUAAGGUCGGCCCAGUUUCUGUGGGUAUUGAUGCCAUGCAGUCAACUUUUCAGUUUUACAAGAAAGGAGUGUAUUAUGACCCCAGCUGUGACAAGGAAAACAUAAACCAUGCUGUACUGGCAGUGGGCUAUGGUGCCACACCAAAGGGGAAAAAAUACUGGAUUGUCAAAAACAGUUGGGGUGAGGAGUGGGGAAAUAAAGGUUAUGUCCUGAUGGCACGUAACCGCAAUAAUGCCUGUGGAAUUGCCAACCUGGCCAGUUUCCCUGUCAUGUAAAUCUAUUUAGGCCUGUUUAACUAAGCAAAAGAAUCAACCACUGACACUAAGUAUACACAUGAGGGCAGAGCCACACACCUGCUUUUCGGUGCAUAGGAAAACACAAAUGGUAUUUUUUUUUCAGUUCUUUGCGUCAUUAUAAACAUUUCAAUAUACAUAAACAUUGAAUGUUUGUGUGAACAGUUUAUCUGUAGAUGAUUUAUACAAUAUGUAGCUAGUUAAACAUAUCAGUGAAUAAAUAAACUCCUCUGGUAAGAA